AUAUUUAGAUCAAAAUUUUGAAGAGUUUCGAAUGGAAUGUGAUAAGUUUGAUAAGGAGAUUUCCAAAAUAAUUUAUAAAAAUAACUUUGAACCAAAUAUUGUGGACAAUAUGGAAACGGAUUUAGACGCUAUAAAUCAAGUAAAUGAAGCAUUUUGUAAUCUUAGAGAGAUUAUACAAUCGCUAAUGGAUAAACAAUUAUUUCCUUAUAAUGCAAGCUCUUUGAUUAAGAGAAUUAAAAAAGUGGAAGAGAUGCUUAAUAGUUUAGAUGAUUAA